AUAUUUCAAUAUAGUGGAAACAGACAACCGUACUGUAUAACAUUCAGAUCACAUCACUGACCCAAAGAGCAAAUCACAAGACUGAACAGAAAUAGAUCACCACCUACCCUCUAUCAUAACAAAACCGACUAAGAGUAAAGUUUCAUCAACGGGGUUGUCAGUUCAGGCCACUUCUAGAAGGCGCUAAGUGACACACCUGAGCACAAAAGGUUACUAACCCAUACAGAAAGGAAUCACUUGCCAGACAACUACAUGGCAAAUCGGCCAAAGAAGUCUAAACUCUCAAGGCAGGUCAUGAAUAGCAAGUACACCGACGCCAUCCUCACCCGUAAGGCGCAGGGGAGCUCGCUCCGGUUCUGGAAUGCUCUGAUGGACGAUGACAAAGAAACUGUGACAUCCCUGCUGGACCACGAGUCGACCCUCACUCCCAACACUAUAUUUGAUACCAGUGAUGUGGACGAGUGGAAGAAUUACGGUUCCAAUUUCAGGAGACUUAGACUUUGGUCUCUGUCUUAUGAGCAAGAGUUGACAACGCCCCUGCAUAUCACAGCAAGUCGUGGUUACAAUGAUUGCCUAAGACACCUGCUGCUAAGGGGUGCAGAAGUGGACCUUGCCCCUGGUGGAAAGACCCCUCUCCAUGAAGCAUGUGAGAAUGCAAUGACUGAAUCUGUGAGACUCCUUCUAGCAUUUGGAGCAUGCACAAACGCCAUUUCAGAAGAUGGACUCUCACCACUUCACUACUGCAAUUCUACUGAGUCACUGGAGUGUGCAAAACUGGUGCUGACCUAUGGAGCUAAUGUUAACUGUCAGUCAGAAGAAGAGGAAGACACCCCACUACAUAUUGCGGCUCAGAAUGGCUUGGAAGAACACCUGAAGCUAUACCUUCAAUAUGGUGCUGAUGUACACAAGAAAAAUAAUGAGGGAUUGACACCACUAAACACAGCCUGUGCCCAGCCACACAGGGCUGAAGAUACAGACCGCUACUAUCACAUGUGCAAGGAACUGGUUGACCGUGGAGCCAAAGUCACAGUCUGUGACUUAGACCGUGUGAGCCCUCUACACAAUGCUUGCAAAGUCGCCAAUCACAAAGUGGUAGAGCUCUUACUGGAGCAAGGAGCCAGAGUCAAUGACAUGAACUACAGUGGCAACACCCCACUGCACAACAUCCUGCAGGUGGUGCCCUUUAAGCUAGAACACUACCCAGAAAGGACUGUCAGAGCCCUCUUAAACUAUGGAGCUAUCCGUUUGUGGCCAGGCUCAAUUCCAAAGGUUCUACAGGUCUGCUCUCCAUCACCUCGAACAAUUGAAGUAUUGAUUAACUGUUAUGAUCGCCUUAAGGACACAACAGGCUGGGAGGAGUCUGUGCCUUUCACUGUCCUUGUGAAAUACCCUGAAUUCUAUGAGUCGCUCUUCACUUUGUCCAGCAAACCUCGCUCCCUGCAGCACCUAGCUCGUCAUGUCGUUAGAACCUACCUGGAUGGAAGACUGCGAAAAGUCAUCCCCAAGCUUCGACUGCCACCUAUUUUUGAGAAAUAUUUAAUGUUGGCCUUUGAGGACUAUCUGUAUUAAUACUCAGCUAUUUCUGUUAUGUAGCCAAUUUUAUACCAUGAGCUGUAACAAGAUGUGGCACUAUCCCCUCUGUUACUCUAUGAGGUACUUGUCAAGCACUUGACAAAUUUGGUACUGAGUUCUUCAUUCAGUACUAAUCAUGUGCAUUUAAUUAUACUUGUAACAAGAAUGUAUGCAGGAUAAUGUCUUUUUUGUGCAUACAUAAUGUAAAGGUAUGAGUGUUGUCUUGUCCCACUUUAUGUAGCACUGGAAUAGCCUAGCCCCUUUGGAGGAUUGUCACACCAAAACAAAUAUGUUUAAAUGCACUCAUGAUCCUGUGGAAAUCAUAAGUCAUUUCACGUACUGCAACUUAGCUGAUAAUUGAGGUAAGACUAAAGAGCUGAUAUUGUUCAGCUAUUCAACGUGAGGAAUUGUAGAUAAACCUCAACAAGGCUAUCUAAACAUCUUAGACAUCUUGUUCUCAGGCUCUCCAGUUGAAAACAGUGCAUCCCUUAAACCCAUAACUUCCAUGCUGUACCAUAAAAAACAGUUAUAAAGAAAUUCAGUAAAAAUCAACACUGGAAUAUUUACUAGCAGUAUGAUUCUUAAUGUAGCCAUUACAAACACCACAUUUCCUCUUUUAAAAAGAAACUGUGAAAUUUACAGAAAGCAUACACUGCACAGGAAUACAGAAGUUUGCAAUUAAUACAUUGAACAAAUUGGGUGUUGGCAUAAUUGUUAAGGUACAUACCUUGUACACAAGAUGCAGGGUUAGAUUCUCACCUUUGAUCAUUGCCUGGUUAUUGGCUAGAUUUAUAAUAGUUUGCAGACUGGUUGCUUAGCAUUUACCUAUGAUCUAGCAGGAAGACACCACUGCAGAUUUUUUCCAUUUGAAUUAGAAAUGUUUAAUGCUAACAGCAGUCUUUCUUGAGCCCAGAGGGGGGAUAAGAUGACAAGAACUGUACAAAGGCCAAAACUAGAAACACACACACUAUUUAAUCAACAUUUACAGAACUGUGUGAGAAUUCUACUGCCAUCACCUUUCUUCUACAUUGUCUACAUAUUGUCCACAGUAAAAUAAUCAUCCACUUAAAAAAGUAAUUCUGCUACAUAGAUUUCUCAGUUGUAUAAAGCCUUUAAUCUUCUCUUUCGCCCAGAAUUAUUGAUUGUGCAGUAAUAUACCGAAAAACUUAAACUUUGAUGGAAGAUUUGGUGUUACCCAAGAAAACAACAUAUCUAGAUAUAUUUUUUAUUUGUCAUCUGUUUUGUGUAGAUACUUGUUAUGGCUCAUUAUAGUCAUUACCGUCAUCAUCAUCAAGUUUCACUUGACUGCAUGUAUUUUAAUAGAUUAGGCCACAUGACAAAAGAUGGC